AAUCGUUUUGACAGAUUUUACUGCAAGAUUUGCAAGAAUUGCUAGUUUGAGUUAUAUUUUUAACAUGGCAAACAAUUAAGACAAAAUAAUUAAAAAAGUCUAUGAGAACAUUUUAGAAUUGAAUUUUUGGUUAAUGAUAAGUGAACGUAAUUAAUUGAUAUUGAUUCAGAAUGGCAGAUGAAGCUAAAACAGUACCAUUAACAGACAAUACAUUAGUUGUGGAUAUUUCUGAUGCUCUCAGCGAGAAAGAUAAAGUAAAAUUCACAGUCCAUACUAGGACCACAAUGAAAGUAUUUCAGAAGUCUGAGUUUUUAGUUGUCAGACAACAUGAAGAAUUCAUUUGGUUGCAUGACAGAUAUGAGGAAGAGCCAAAAUAUGCUGGAUACAUAAUCCCUCCACCACCUCCAAGACCAAACUUUGAUGCUUCAAGAGAAAAACUACAACGUUUAGGAGAGGGUGAGGGCACUAUGACCAAAGAAGAAUUCACAAAAAUGAAGCAGGAAUUAGAGGCUGAAUACUUGGCCACUUUCAAAAAAACUGUGGCCAUGCACGAAGUAUUUCUUACCCGUUUAGCUAGUCACUCGAUAUUUCGGGAAGAUUCCCAUCUUCAAGUUUUCCUCGAAUACGAUCAGGAUCUUUGCGCCCGUCCAAAAGGAAAAUUACAACAGUUAGGAGGAUUGGUGAAAUCUCUUGGAAAUACUACUGAUCAGUAUUACUUAAAUGCCACGGUUAGGGAUGUUAACGAUUUUUUUGAACAACAAAUGAACUCGUUAACUGAAUAUCAUAGUCAACUAAAAGAGGCGACUACUAGAGCAGAUAGAAUGACAGAAAAACAUAAAGAAUUAGCUGAUAGUUAUAUUAAGAUCUCUUCAGGAUUGCUGCAACUUGCAAAUAGUGAUAAUGGACACUUAGAUAAAUUCUUAGCCAGGGUUGCAGAUACAUAUGAAAAAGCUAGGAAAGUAGAAAGCCGAGUUGCUAGCGAUCAAGAUUUAAAGUUGGCUGAUACUUUACGUUACUAUAUGAGGGACAGCCAGGCUGCCAAAGCAUUAUUGGUUAGGAGGCUAAAGUGUUUAGCCACCUACGAGAACGCUAACAGGACCUUAGAAAAAGCUAGGCAUAAAAAUAAAGACAUACAUGCGGCUCCAGAAGUUCAAGAGGCUGAAAUGGCUCAAUCAGUAGCCUGUGAACAAUUUGAAGCCAUCUCUGCUCAAGCCAAGGAAGAACUUCUAGAUUUCAAAACAAGAAGGUUACACGCCUUUAGGAAAAGUUUAAUAGAAUUGGCGGAAUUGGAGAUAAAGCACGCCCGUACUCAACAAGAUUUGCUGAAGAAGUCCAUACAAGGCUUAAAAGAACUACUCUAAAUGUGAUACCACCAUUUUUAUAUACGAUUUAUUUGUUAAAUUAGCAUAUUUUGUUAUAUUACUUUUUUGAAAUUUAUUUUUUACAUUAUAAACAUUCCUAUGUUGAUUAGGUUUAAUAUAAUUAUAUUAUCUAUUAAAAUAAUAUGCAUAUAUUUAAUUAUUCUAGUAAUUUUGUAUUCUAUAAUUAUUUCUUAUUACAUUAUUUUUGUAUAGAAAAUAUCUAUUUUUCAAAAAAAAAGUGUUAUAAGAUUAAACUCUAUUCAUUUAAUUAAAGGAUUAGUUUAAACUUCAUCCCAUAUAAAUUAUUAUUACAUACUCUAGGUUUUUUUUGUUUAUUGUUAAUACACGAUAAAAUAUAAAAGUUGAAAAAAAACAACUGGAUGAAGGUUAAAUGUUUCUAGAUUUGUAUCAGAAAUAUAUGUACGGUAUAUAUUGUAUGUUGUUUACAUUUAAUAUAAUGAUUUUCUAGA